CUCACACAGAAGAAGAAAGGUGAAAAGUCAUGGCGCCUGACAGUUUGUAAUGAGCCAACAAAAACAGACUUACGUACGAAAUACAUCGUUUAAAACUAGUCCCUGAGGAAUAUAUAUUUAAAAAAACCUGACGACAAAAUGCAGAUAACUUUGAAAACCUUACAACAGCAGACGUUCAAAAUCGACAUCGACGAAGAGGAGACGGUGAAGACAUUAAAAGAAAAAAUUGAACAAGAGAAAGGAAAGGACAGCUUUUCAGUUGCUGGGCUCAAACUGAUCUAUGCUGGUAAAGUCCUCAGCGAUGACACGCCUCUCAAAGAAUACAAAAUCAAUGAGAAGAACUUUGUGGUCGUCAUGGUGACGAAGGCUAAAACGGCUUCGGCCGCCCCGCAGCCGCCCCCCGCCGCUCCGGCUCCCAGCACUGCAGCGGCUCCCGCCUCGUCCUCCACUUCUGACAGCACAUCAGAGCGAGCGUCUGCAGACGACAAGCCGGAGGAGAGGCGGGCAUCGACCGCCGAACCAGCGUCCCCCUCCGUCGGAAGCUCCGAGGUGUCAACAAACACAAACCUGAUUGAAGAGGCUGUCUCAAAUCUUGUGACGGGCACGUCGUACGAUGCCAUGGUGAACGAAAUGAUGCUCAUGGGCUACGAGAGGGAGCAGGUGGUAGCAGCUUUGAGAGCGAGCUUCAACAACCCUGACAGAGCUGUGGAGUACCUGCUCACAGGUAUUCCAGGCAGAGAUUCAGGCCUUGCUGCCGGACCACAGGCAGUGGUGCCUCCGGUGAGUCUCCAGUCUGCACCCAUAGGUGGUAUCCGUCUUCCUGCCAACAUCAGCUCUUCCCCGAGUGCUGGGGGAGGCAACCCCCUCAGUUUCCUAAGAAACCAGCCACAGUUCCACGUGAUGCGCCUGCUGAUCCAGCAGAAUGCCGCCCUGCUUCCGGCCCUGCUGCAGGAGAUCGGCAGGGAAAACCCGGAGCUGCUGCAGGCGAUUAGCAGCCACCAGGAGCAGUUCAUCCAGAUGCUGAAUGAACCCAAUCCAGAGGCCGUGCCGGCAGGUGGCGGAGGCAGAGUGGGGGGAGUCGGAGGGGUAGCAGGCGACACACCCGGCGGGAGUCACAUGAGCUACAUCCAGGUCACGCCACAGGAGAAGGAGGCCAUUGAGAGGCUAAAAGCUUUAGGAUUCCCAGAGGGCCUUGUCAUCCAAGCCUACUUUGCGUGUGAGAAGAACGAGAACUUGGCCGCCAACUUCCUUUUACAACAGAACUUUGAUGAUGAUUAAGUUCUCUUUUUGCCUUCCUCUACUGUUUGAUUUGCUAAAUAUGUGUACAAGAAGCCUACAUUUCCAAAAGAAGAAACAACAGAUUUAUUCACUACUUCUAUGUUGACCUUUCUUAACACUGGAUGAUUAUCAGCUCACAUCAGUUCACAAUUUAAGUACUAUAACUUUGCAUCAGAAAUUACCUGUGUGCUUUUGAUUUUCUUAAAUUUUAGUUGAUCAAUAUGGUUUGCAGUAUGUCACAUUCUAAGUGAGGUUUGUUCAGGAUGGAUCUGACAGUAUUCAUGCACUCUUGCUCUUUUUUUUUUUAAAGUAUCGCAGAUUUGAAAAAAUAAAAGUUGUGCACAAUGUU